CAGUGACUCAACUGCGCAGAGAGCGGAAAAACACAAACAUGACUCCGUGGGUUUAUCAGGCUCCAGCAUUAUUUGUGUCCUGUUGCUGCGUUAUAUAAUGAUGUCCGAUGGCAGUGAGUCCCGGAGAUGCUGACGCUGAUGAGCUGCCGUCUAUGCUUUGGGGUCUGGACCCUGUGUUUUCCGCAUACUCGAAACUCUACAUCACUGAUAUCCUGCAGAUGAAAGAGUCCAGACAAGUACCUGGUGUUUAUUUCUACAAGUCUCACCCACUCUACCAGGUGGAUGUUCUGGGGACGGUUGUUUACAAGAGGGAGAGAGAUGAUUUUUACUGCUAUGGAGUGGAUGAUAGUACUGGUGUUAUAAACUGUCUUUGUUGGAAAGAUGAGAAAUGGCGUGAUCAAGGAGAAUCAAGUAAAUGCAGAGAUCCUAGUGGAUCCUCCAGAGGAUUUAACAUUGAAGAUGAACUCAAACGGCUGAAGGAGGCUGAACGGAAGAGCACUGUGCUGGAGAUCGGAGACCUGCUGAGGGUACGAGGAACCAUCAAAACUUCCAGGGAUGCAAGGGAGAUCAGGGCCAACUGCUUCUACAAAGUAAAUGACCCUGUGAUGGCAGUGCAAAUCUCGCGUAUGCUGGAAAUGCCUCAGGUGUACAGAAAGUGCUAUGACCAGCCAUUCCAGAUGCCGAAAGAUGACAUGGGCAGCACAGAAGCAGGUGGUUCCUCACAAUUCCACUGUUUGCUGUCUCGUUCAGUUCUUGCUCUUAAGGAAUUCCUUGUAGAGAAAGAGGUGGCCAGGUUUCGUCCCUAUGAUGUUGAGUUCCUCUUACAUCCACUGAUCCAGAAUUCUUCAGCAGAAAAGGAGUCAGAUCAGCCCAGGACGUCAUUUGCUACACAAAUUCGAAAACUUCUGAAAGAGACUUUGAGCAUUCUCCAGAAUGAGGGACAAAUAUUUCGUAAAAUGCGGACUGCGGAUGAAGUCUACAAUGUGACAGAGCAAGACAAAGAUCUUCACACAGCGAUCAAGGAUGUUUUACGAGAGGAUACCAAACGGGAGAAAUAUGCUGAGAAAGGAUGCCAUGUCCUGCAUAUACUGUCCAGCGUGAGGCAGCGCUACAGCCAAAAUCUGAGUCGAGAGGUGUUGGAGGUUGCCCUGACAUUCUUAGAAUGCAAUAGUGACAUAAUAAGCACAACAGAAGCACACUACAUUGUUUUGUAGCAUAAUUUUUAAAUAAUUCCAUAAAAAAUAAGCAAAAUGUAAAAAAACAAAAAAACAAUCAUGAAACAUAAUGUUAACAAGUUGCACACUCCUGUUUUAUUUAAAUCAUUAAAGUCAAUUUCAUACAUUA